GAGGCGCGCGCAGUUAGAGACUGGACGGACACGAGUUGCAGCGGGCUGAGAGGCACCGCAAGCAGGGAGCAUGCGAGCGCGAGUCAGAUAAAUGGCGUCUUUCCAACAGAAAAUAUACCAGCGUCUGCUGCUCAUCGCAGUAUUUAUUUCAGUGUCAGGUGUAUCAUGCUUUAGUGAGUUAUUCUUCACCAAGGAGCCCCAUGAUGUGAUUGUCAUGCGAAUGGACAGUGUGGUUCUGGACUGCCAAGCACGUGGAGAGGCGCCCAUUGCUGUCAGGUGGAUGAGGAACGGACUGAGGAUCUCAGAGAACGAACGUGUCUACAGCCUUUCCAAUGGGUCCCUCUAUAUUUCUGAAGUGGAAAGUAAGAAAGGGGACAGAUCAGAUGAAGGAUUUUACCAGUGUCUUGCUCAGAACAAAUAUGGGGCCAUCUUGAGCCAGAAAGCUCAUCUCUCUGUAGCAAGUAUUUCGCCUUUUGUGAUCCAGCCCACAUCUGCAGUGGUGACAGAGGGAUCUGUGGCCCGGUUCGCCUGCAGGAUCACAGCAAACCCUCCACCCAUCAUCACUUGGGAGUUCAACCGUGUCACGCUACCUCUGGCCACAGAAAGGAUCACAGCAUUGCCCAACGGAGUGCUACAGAUCCAGGGGGUGGAACGGGAGGAUGCGGGAAACUACCGCUGCGUGGCGACCAACAUUGCCAGUCGCCGGAGGAGCACUGAGGCGACACUUGUAGUCAACCCAGCUCCAGCAGUCAGGCACCCACAGAGGCCUCAGAUCAUUGCAGGACCCCAAAACAUCACGACAACUAUCCAUCAGAAUGCAAUUCUGGAGUGUGUGGCAACUGGUCGCCCCAAGCCCCUCAUCUCCUGGAGCAGGGCAGACCACAAGUCCAUUGACGUGUUCAACACCAGGGUCCUGGGUAACGGGAACCUAGUUAUCUCGGAUGUGAAGCCACAGCAUGCUGGAGUGUAUGUGUGCAGGGCUACUACACCCGGUACACGUAACUACACCAUUGCUAUUGCCAAUCUCACUGUUCUAGCUCCACCCUCACUGGUGGAGUGGCCGGAGAGCCUGACUCGUCCUCGGGCUGGAACUGCUCGCUUUGUCUGCCAGGCUGAGGGUGUGCCCCCUCCCCACAUCACCUGGCUGAAGAAUGGGGAGAAGGUGCACUCCAAUGGCCGGAUCAAGAUGUACAACAGCAAACUGGUGAUUAACCAGAUCAUCCCGGAAGAUGAUGCCAUCUACCAGUGCCAGGCAGAGAACGAGCAGGGCUCUGUACUGUCCACAGCACGCCUCAUCGUGGUCAUGUCUGAGGACCGCCCUAGUGCCCCCAGGAACGUGCGAGCUGAGACUGUGUCCAGCUCGGCCAUCCUGCUAGCCUGGGAUCGGCCGCUCUACAACUCGGACAAAGUUAUAGCCUACUCCGUGCACUACAUGAAGGCUGAAGGUCUAAACAAUGAAGAGUACCAAGUGGUCAUUGGCAAUGACACAACCCGCUACAUAAUAGAUGACCUGGAACCAGCGAAUAACUACACGUUUUACAUAGUGGCCUACAUGCCGAUGGGGGCCAGCAGAAUGUCCGACCAUGUUAUUCAGCAUACCCUGGAGGAUGUGCCCCUUCGUGCCCCUGAGCUCAGCCUUGCCAGCCGCAGCCCAACGGAUAUCCAAGUGUCUUGGCUGCCACUUCCAGCCAAGCUGAGCCGUGGUCGCAUCCUCAGCUACCGGCUGUCGUAUCGCACCAGUAUCGACAGCACGGUCACCUCCAUGGAACUACCUGGGGACCAAACCCAUCAUGUUCUUGAGGGGCUCCAGCCAGACACCAUCUACUUGCUGCGCAUGGCAGCUGCCACCCGUGUGGGCUGGGGAGAGCAGUCUGCCUGGACCUCGCAUCACACGCCCAAGGCUUCCAGCACCAAAGUGCCCCUGGCCCCAGAACUCCAGCUGGAAGCCCUCAACUGCACCACUGUUUUGGUCCGCUGGCAGCCCUCCCCUGAUAACUCCGGUGCCAUCCAGGGCUACCGCCUCUACUAUCGUGAGGAGAGCCAGCCGGAGAGCACUCCAGUCCUGCUGCAUGCGCAAGACACCCAGCGCACCAUCGGAGGCUUGGACCCCAGAAGAAAGUACCACGUGAAGCUUUUAGCCUACAGUUUCAUGGGAGAAGGUUACCAAGCAGACCAGACUGUUAGCACCCCCAGUUGUGUCUCGGUGCGGGACCGCAUGGUGCCUCCUCCUCCUCCUCCUCACCACGUGUAUGCCAAGGCCAACAGCUCCACUGCCGUGUACCUACACUGGGGUCGGCCCAUGUUCACAACGGGACAGGCUGUCAACUACACAAUCCGCUGCAAUCCCGUCGGCUUGCAGAAUGCCUCGUUGGUGCUGUACUUACAAACCGCUGAGCAGAGCCAGCUUGUCACAGACCUUGAGCCUAACACGAGGUAUGAGUUUGCUGUGCGUCUUCAUGUCGACCAGCUGUCCAGUCCCUGGAGUCCUGUAGUAUACCAAAGCACACUUCCUGAAGCUCCCACCAAACCACCUUCUAGUGUGAAAGUUACCCUGAUCGAGGACAGCACUGCAUUAGUGUCAUGGAAGCAGCCAGAGGAGCCCAAUGUUGUGGUGACGCACUACACCAUCCUGUAUGCCUCCCGGACAGCCUGGGUGGCUGGGGAAUGGCAGGUUCUUCAAAGAGAAGGGAGCAUCACCAUGGCAUUGCUGGAGAACCUGCAGCUGGGAAACAUAUACCUGGUGAAAAUCUCUGCCUCCAACCAGGUGGGAGAUGGACCGUUCUCCAAUGUGGUAGAGCUGGCUGUACUGCCUGGUGGUUUCUCAUCAGGUCGGCACACUGAUGGCUCUGCAGAAACUGAAGUGUUCACCAAUGCCUUCUAUCACCUGGACCAGAGAUCAAUGACUGGCAUCAUUGUGGGAGUGUCCAUUGCGCUGGCCUGCAUCAUCAUAUGUGUUCUGAUUCUUGUCUACAGAGGCAAAGCAGGGAAACCAUCCACAACUAAAAAUGUGAGGCAAAGGAGUGGCCAGGGCCCACAUGCCUCUGCUUCUCAGGCUCAUGAAGAUCACCCUAUAAACAUUGAGUCACUCGUGCCUAUAAUGAGCAACCACUUUGUGGACACAAAGGGUGGGACAAACCUGAUCAUAAAUAGCUCAGGCCCAGUAAAACCCGUAAGCCAGAGUAAGAAGAAGUGGCUGUUCUUUAAUAAUGAACCGAAGCAGAACCUCAAGAAAGGCCAGGUUCAAAGAAGCCACGUCAUGUGCACCUACCAGCCGGGAUUGACAGUCCUUACAUACAAGGAGGCACCACCUUCAUCCCCUCAUCAGGCAUCCCCUCUUCAGGUUUUUCUUGGACCCCCUAGGGACACUGAAGCCUCCCAGAACAGUGAAGGCAGCCAUGAGACCGGUGAUUCUGGGCGUUACUCGCACAAUGAGAUGGAGCUCACUCAGCUGUCUUCCAGCGGAAGCCUGCAGCCACCCUGCCUGGGAGUGUCCAGGGGAGACAGCCAUGGCUCAGCGGAUGAACUACCUCACCUUGCCGUACAGAUGGAAAUCCACCAGGAGGCACCCAGUGACCCCUACCAGCUGGGCCCGGAUCCUUCCCUUCCCCGUUCUCUUUAGGGGCUCUAUCCUCUCCAAACCUACUCUGCUGCACUUCUGCUCUAAAGGACUAUGAGCAGGACAGUGGAGUGACAAAGAUGCCUGGAAGAAUGU